UGGAAAUUCUAAUGAUGCAAGGCAGUGCAGGCCUGCACUUCCUCUUCCUGCUCAGCACAGGCAGCAGGGCUGGGCCACCCAGUCUCCUGGGGAGAGCUCAAAGCAAGCAUGGAUCAAGAAGCCGUGGGCAACAUCGUCCUGCUGGCCAUCGUCACCCUCAUCAGUGUGGUCCAGAACGCGUUCUUUGCCCACAAGGUGGAGCAUGAAAGCAAGACCAGCAAUGGGCGCAGCUUCCAGAGGACGGGGACGUUUGCCUUUGAGCGCGUCUACACUGCCAACCAGAACUGCGUAGACGCAUACCCUACCUUCCUUGUGGUGCUCUGGACUGCCGGGCUUCUUUGCAGCCAAGUUCCUGCUGCCUUCGCUGGACUGAUGUACUUGUUUGUGAGGCAGAAGUAUUUUGUGGGCUAUCUGGGGGAGAGAACUCAGAGCACCCCUGGCUACAUAUUUGGGAAACGCAUCAUCCUGUUCCUGUUCCUCAUGUCCCUUGCUGGUAUCUUCAACUAUUACCUCAUCUUCUUUUUCGGAAGUGACUUUGAAAACUACAUAAAGACCAUAACCACCACUAUCUCCCCUCUCCUGCUCAUUCCCUAGCUCUCUGCUGAAUUCAGGGCUGGCACUCUCUGCUAAUCAAUACUUGGAAGUCAUCAUAACUCAACUCUUUACAGGAUUUAGCGCCUCUUUAGAUAGCUGUAAAUCUGAUGACCAUCUGGGCUUCACAGCUUGAGUUAACCUUGCUUUUCCAGGAAGAAAAGAGAUUUCAUGUCAGCUCUGCCUCUCUGACAUGGCAAUGACCCCAGAUUUAUCAUUCAGAUCCAUGCUGUAUAUUUCAUGAUGUAUCACUCUUUCUGAAGAUGUUUUAUGACCAGAUGUAUGUUUUCCUAAAAUAAAAGUCACAGACAA